AGCCCGGGGAUAGACUCUAAUCCAAUCCGCCUAAACUAAUCCUUUAAUGGGUUUUCGGGCAGGUUUUAGCCCCGGGGCCGGGGCUGGAGGAGGCGGGAUGGAGGAGUGGGGCUGGAGCGGGAGCAGCACCGAGUCCCCGAGCAGCAGCAGCGACGGGGAGGCCGGGCCCCCGGGGGAAAGCCCGGAGCCGAGCCCAGGCCCGGAGGCUCCCCUCCGCCUGAAUGUGGGCGGUAGCCGGUUCGUGUUGGCUCGGCAGCAGGCGGCCCUGUUACCGGGCAGCCGCCUGGGGAAGCUGGCCGUGUGCCGGCGCCUGGAGCACGGCCUGGGGCUCGCCGAUGAUUACUGCCCCGAGCGGGACGAGCUCUUCUUUGACCGGGACCCCGCGGUGUUCCGGGAGGUUUGGCAGCUUUACCGGAGCGGGCGGCCGUGCCUGGGCCUGGGCCUGGGCCUGUGCUCCCGCCGGUACCGCUCCGAGCUGCGUUACUGGGGGGUACCGAGAGCCCGGGCCCAGCGCUGCUGCCGCCUCCUGCUGCGGGAGCGGCGCCAACGGGAGGCCGAGGAGGAGCAGCUCCGCCGGCAGCUGCAGGCCGUGCUGGGCCUGGGCCUGGGCCUGGGGGUGUCCCCGGGCUCGGGGCCCUGGCUCGCCCGCCUCCGGGGCCGUCUCUGGGAGCUCCUGGAGAGGCCGCCGUGUACAGUGACGGGCCGCCUGCUCUGGGUGUCGGGCUGCCUGACCGUGCUGCUGUCCAUCACCGUGCUGAUCCUGGGCACGGUACCCGAGCUGAGCGGGAGCCCGGGGCCUACCCUGUGGGCCCUGGAGGCCGCCUGUAGCUGCGCCCUCAGCGCCCAGUUCGUGCUGCGCCUGGCCUCCGCCCCUCAGCCCCACCGCUUCGUGCUCAGGCCCAUGAGCCUGGCUCACCUGCUGGCGCUGCUGCCCUUCUACAGUGAGCUGGCCGCAGGCCGCCCGGGGCCUGGGCCAUACAGCCGCCUCCUCCAGGCCGCCCGCCCGCUCCGGGUGCUCCGGGUACUCACCCUGGCCCGUUACUCCACCGGCCUCAGGGCUUUCGGCUUCACCCUGCGCCGCUGCUCACAGCAGGUCUGCUGCCUCCUGCUCUUCACGGCCCUGGGGAUCUUCACCUUCUCGGCCCUGGUUCACCAGGCCGAGCACCACCUCCCCGGAACCAACUUCAGCAGCAUCCCCGCGGCCUGGUGGUGGGCGGCGGUGAGCAUUUCAACAGUGGGUUAUGGAGACACCACUCCUGAGACGCUGCUGGGUCGAGUCUUUGCGUUUGCCUGUAUUUCCUUUGGGAUCAUACUCAACGGCAUGCCUAUCUCCAUGCUUUUUAACAAGUUCUCAGACUAUUAUGCUAAACUGAAGGCGCUGGAACGGGCUUCAGUGCUGAAAGGAAGGGGAGGAAUGGCUCUAAAAGACCGGGCUCGGAGAAAACUGGUCCAGUGCUGCGAAAACCAGGUCUCCAGAGACUGAGAGACGCGAAGAUGUGAAAUCCAUUGGGAAAUCAGGGAACAUCGACAUCUUUAUGUUCAGAUUGCACGUGCCAUCUGCUGACCCUCGAGUUUCUUCCUUCAGCAGUCCUGAUCAGUGAGUUUGUGGAUAUCUGUGGUUAUAGUGACCAUGUACAAAAAACUGGAUCCUGGCCCUGCGUCUCACAUUCACCAGAGAAGUGCAUCCCUUUAUCAGUUAAUGAAGUUAACUCAUUUCAGACAAAAGCACCAAACGCAACAUGCUCGUGAACUCUCAGGCUGAGGGGUUCGGGAUUGCUACUUCUCUGUUGAAAUUACCAUUCUGAUCUAGCUCUAAAAUAAUUGACAACAAUUAUGAGUUGCCUAUCUGCAGGGAAGUCACCAUUUCAUAGAAAAUACUUGCAUUCCCAUUUUGGAUGGUGUAGAAAUAAAACUACUGCCAAAUUGGGGCUUCGUUGAAUUCGGGUUUUCGGACCCUGAAGCAAUAUCACUGAGCUGCUUCCCAUUGGGAAUAGUAUGUGGGCAGAGUCAAUCCUACAGAUUAGAUGGUUAGAGCGUAGAUAUUUCUUAACAAUAAACUCUGAACCUAGUGUUUCUAUGUAUACAAGUGGAGACAGCAAUCAGUGUUAACAUGCAAGAAACCACAGCAAGUUGUGGGCAAAGCCCAGACCAUCACGGGAGCCAAUCUUCCAUCCGUGGAUUCCCGCAGAAAGGCUGCCAACAUCAUCUCCUGCGUCCUCUUCCGUCAGGCAGAAGAUAGAAGCCUGAACACGUGCACCAAUAGGGUCAGGAGCAGCUUCUUCCCGGCUGAAUGGACUCUAGCCUCAAACAAUACUGACCUUGCUAACGGUGAUCUCACCUACUGCACACCCCGUGCAAUAUAACCUGUAUGACUCUGUCGACGUCUUUUUAAUCUGUACAUCCUUGCUUACUAUGCCCUACUCGUUACUGCUCGUAAACAAAGGUCUUCACCAUACUUUGGUAAACGUGACAAUAAAUCAAUCAAAACAAUAAAUAGUUCUACACUGAUAGUAUUAACGUGCAAUAAAUGAAGUCUAAGCUUGAAGAUAGUUCUUGACUUUGCCCUCUCCUUGACCAGUUUGCCUUGAACCCAAACUCUUAGGUGUGGCCCUGAAACCACAUGACAAAACAAGGACCUAGACAUCUCCUGUUGAACUACCAGUUCCAGUAAAAUGAAACCACUUGAACAAGGGCAUAUCUAGCAAAUACUAACUUCUGAAAUGGUUCUCAUCCUGGCUCAUAUCUUGGGAUUUUUCUUUACACAGUGGAAGAAUUUGGACUAUAGACUACAACAAAAUAUUUUGUUUCUCACAGUCAGUGUAAACAGUUAGUUUGAUUGGAGACCACCGAAAUCUAGAAUCUUCAACAUUAAGAAAUGAACAGUGACCAAUCACAAUGCAGUCCACUGUAUAGAAUGGAAAGAAUUGAUAAGAUGCGGUUCCUCCAAUCACAGCUUCUGUCUCUCCCAUGCUGUAUUCUGAUAGGGUAUGUAGGUAAACCUAUCAGCAACAAACGUGAAAAGGAAGCAACCUCUGAUUGGAGGAGCAGAAGACCAUUAGGAACCAGUGACAACAGGAUAGGAAAUUGCCAGUUGGAGACAGUAAUGCAGAUGCUGGAGCUCAAAGUUGAAAAUUGUGGCGCUGGAAAAGCACAGCAAGUCAGGCAGCAGUUGCUAGCAGAAACCAAUUCUAAACAAGGUCAGGAUCAGGGAUUAUGUUUAGUCUUGGUCUUGAUUGAAAACUGUCUUUAGCCAAGACUAGAGUCUACCAUGACCUUUAGCCAGGAUCCUGGACUUCAUCUAGGGGUUGGCAGAUGUAUGGUGAGGUAGAACAAGGCUUUAGUGGAGUGAAAACAGUUUUGAACAAAGGUACACUUAGCUAACCUGGAUCUAAGAAAACUUUAAAUCUCUGAGGUAAUGAAUUCCUUGCAAAUCAAUGUGGAAACUGUAGUUAAACACUAUGUAAAUUCAGGAGUUAUUACAGUUGAAGAAUAUAGUGGAUCCCGCUAUGGUGAAUGUUGUUUUAACUGUUAUAUUUAAAUCAGACAUUGAAUGUGAACUGCAAUAACGAAUAUAGUAACUGCUUGGUUUAAAAUGAUCCAGUUGUGUAAGUGAUAGAAAUACAUUCAUCAUGACCUCA